AUGUGUAUGAGAGUCUUUGCCCUUCACCGCUGCUUCACCGAAGCCGACGGCGGCUGCGACAACUACUGGGCCGAAUACGUUGCCGUGGAAGAGUGCAACAAGCACAUGCUCCCCGGCCUCCCGCAGGCCGACUGCCGCGCCGUCUGGGGCGGCUUCGAACGUGAGAUGAGCAGCCGCGUCAACCGCCACGACUUCUACAUCCGCCACCCCAAAAUGUGCCGCAUAUGCGAGCACGCCCACGAGCUCGCCCGCCUCCAAGCGGAAGCUGAGCGCGAGAGACGAGGUGAGUUCUCCGACCGUGUGCAAACCCUUUUACAGAACGCCGAGCGCCGUGCGCAGCUUAACGAGGGGGCAUUCAUGUACCGCUGCUACAACGAGAUGUGGGACGCAGCACGUAACCUUGUCGGCGGUCUCGGCCGCAAGGCGGACGCCGUCUGGGACAGCAUCGAGGCGGCGCUAUACAGACAUUUUGGCGUUGAGGGGCUGGCGAGGCCCGACAUCCAGGGCUUGAUUGCGUCGUUGCAGGACGCGAAGAGAGUCCUUGUGGACCACGUCAAGGUCACGACGCGCGAGAUGGCCGUCGCGCUGGUCGGUCCAAAGGAUAACUGGGAUGAGGACGAAGAGACGGAGAGAUACCAAGAGGAGGACCGCAAGCGGCAGCGGCUUGCGGCGAGGAAGGCUGAGCGGGUUGGUCGGCGGGCUGCACGUGAAAGAGAGGAAGAGGAGUGA